UUCUAUAGUAUUGGCAACAAUUUUAUAUACUUCAACAUUUUGCUUUUCACUGAAGGAUACUGUGUGAAGAAAAUAUUGUUUUACUUGAAAUAAAUACAAAUUGAAUGAAAUAAAGACUAAGAAUCGUUAACCUAACCGUUCUUGAAUAACUGCGAAUGCAAGAAGACACGGGAUUACAUUAAAGUGUAGAAGACACAGAACAAAAUAUAAUUAAACGGGAAUUAAUUAUAAAUAGCAAAUAUGGUGGGCACAAGACGUGCUCGUAAUAAUGCCAAUGCAGUGGUCAUACCACGUCAGAACUCUGUGUCUGACAAUGGAAGGGCACGUCAGAACCUUAGCCCUGAGGCAUUAGCAGCUAUGAAUAAGGAACAGCUCCGGGCAGAAUGCAGGAAACGGGGUCAGCGGGCCACAGGCAACAAAAAUGAGCUGCUCGCCCGUCUCGGGUACUACAAGCUGGCGGCCGCAGUACAGGCGGACACUGAGCAGCGCCCGCGCAACGGACUACAUCAUCCACAUCCUAAGGAGAUCAGUAGAAACAAGACCCCGACAAUGGACAGUGACAGCCUGGUGCUAUGGCGGCGGCCGCUCACCACGCUGGAGUACUUCUUCAAGGAACUCUUCAUACUCAUCUCCACGGGGUUACAGAGGUUAUUAGCGUACAAACUGUUGGCACUGACGAUAUUUGUAGCAAUAUUAGGAACAGUUGUAUCUUAUUAUGUUAGCGGACCACACCAGCCUUAUGUACAGGUGGUAGUAGCGACGCUGGCGUGGUGGGGUUGGUGGGUGGUGCUGGGCGUGUGCAGCUCGGUGGGGCUGGGCACGGGGCUGCACACGUUCCUGCUGUACCUGGGCCCGCACAUCGCCAGGGUCACGCUGGCCGCCUACGAGUGUGGGGCGCUCAACUUCCCUGAACCGCCUUAUCCUAAUGACAUAAUAUGUCCGGCGCAAAUCGACCCGAACAACGCGGUGUCGAUAUGGAACAUAAUGUCGAAGGUGCGCAUCGAGUCCAUGAUGUGGGGUAUCGGCACGGCGCUGGGCGAGCUGCCGCCCUACUUCAUGGCGCGCGCCGCCCGCCUCUCGGGUGGGGGCGUCGCUGAACUCGCUGCUAAUGAUGACUCCAGGACUGGCAGAGCAAAAAUAAUGGUGCAGAAACUAGUCCAGAAAGUAGGUUUCGCGGGUAUCCUGGCGUGUGCGUCGGUGCCGAACCCACUGUUCGACCUGGCCGGGCUCACCUGUGGACACUUCCUCGUCCCCUUCUGGACCUUCUUCGGAGCCACCGUGCUGGGCAAGGCCGUCAUCAAGAUGCACAUACAGAAGAUGUUUGUUAUCAUCGCUUUUAACGAGACUUUGGUUGGCCAAGUCCUUUCCUGGGUAGAAAGGAUACCAUACAUCGGGCCCAAGCUAGAAGCUCCGCUAUUGGAGUUCCUUCGCAACCAGAAAGCAAGAUUACAUAAAAACGACUCCGCGGCGCCCAUAGAGAACCAGGGCUCAGUUCUAUCGAGCCUUCUAGAGAAGUUUGUGUUGGCUAUGGUAGUGUACUUCGUGGUGUCUAUAGUGAAUGCGCUAGCGCAGAACUAUAGCAAGCGAGUCGGCAAGAAGAAGGGCAAGAAACGGGAAUAGGGACUGCGGACGCCGGGCGACGCGCUCUGUGCUAUCGCGCGGCGGCGGCCGUCGGAUCGCAUGCGCCGGCGCCGGUAGUAGAGACUCGCGCCUCACGUGGCCAACGUCACACUGCCACCUACCGUUCUCGUGGCGAACUAGUUGUAUUCAAGUAAAUAUAAACAUUAAACUAAGAAUUAUAGAGACUAUACUGAAAAUAUUGGUAAUAUUUCAUUAAGUGACGUCACUUUAAACAUUAAACCUAAUUCUUUAGGUAAUAUCUUCUUUCUCAUAAAAAUUGCCUCAAAAUUGGUCCAUCCGUUCAAGAGUUAUGAUGCUUACUUUUAACAUCUUGAAGGGUGAAGACAAUAUCGUAUUUAUUACUCAUAUGAAAAGUAAUAAAGUAAAGUCGUAUUUGUUGAUUCGUAACUCGAAAACGGCUGCAUAGAUUUUCAUGAAACUUUAUUUAUUAAAUUCAAUUUCUCCCCAAAAUGUAGAAUAACUGAAACUAGACUAAAAUUAUGUCUAGAAAUUACUUAUUUUAAAACAAUUUUCUGAUUGAAGCGUCACCAAAGAGCGCUAUGUUUAUGUGAACGGUAGGUGUUUGCGCAAUAACUAGUUAGUAUAAUUAUAUGUAAUAGGUUAUUGUAUAAGGUGCGUUAAUAUAGUGUUCUACUCUCUCAUACAUAAAUUGAAGUGUUGCUGCCAUUAUGGGCGAGUAUGCAAACGUUGGUUUUAUUCGUUUUACAUUUGUGUCUUGUUUUAAAGCUGAAAAUUAUUUUUAUUGUAAUUAUCGUAAUGAGACAUACUAAAUUAACUAAAAAUCACGGUUUACUUACGUCAUAUUAAUUGAGAAAAGCUCUAUUAGUUAGCUAGCCUACUGUAGGUUACGCAACGUCGCCGUAUCUGCGCACGCUGCUCAUGAUGAAGAGUCCCUCUGUGACUUAAAACUAGUAGAGCUUUUCUCUAUUAAUAAUAAGUGAGUAAACCGUGAUUUUUAGUUAAGUUAUAAAUUGAUUAUAAAUGUUUUCACUUCCUACUUGAGUAAAAUAAGUAAUUCUAGACAGUAAUAUUAGGUAUUUCGUUUUACCUAAGAAACUGAUUGUUUUAUUACUGAUUUUUUGCAAAAAACUUAAUAAAAUUGAUAUAACGUUUGCCUAUUCGAAUAUAAUGGCGGAUUUUAGACAAAUGGUUGCUUUAACAAGAGGCAGUUAUAUUUACUUCAGUUUCGUGUACGGUCAGGCAAAAUAGUAGAUGUUUUAUGAGGGUACUCUUUAUAAGUGGGAGAAGGGGGGAGGUAAAAAAUCUGAAAUGUAACGUAUUUACAAAGAUGUAUUUAUACCACUGUGUAAGAAUAUAGACCUGUCUCAUAUUGUCUAAUAAAAUUGGUCACGGUAAUAAGAAACAUUAAACUAGAGACCGGCCGUUAGACAUUGUAUAACAGUACACUUACUACGAGUUUACUUUACAUUGAACGAAAACGAAACAUGAGCGCGAUUAGCACUCUGAUUGGCCGUCACGAAUGAACCAACCAAUCAGAGUGCCGAACGCGAUCUCGUUUCGAUCGCGUUAAACGUAAAACAAACUCGUAGUAAGCCCUCAGGUCUUAAAAGUAUAGAUACCAUUAUAUUUGUCAUCAACCCCUCCUAUUCUCAUUUCAAUAGUUUGUUUGUACCCCUCAAUACAAGAUAAAGACGUUAUAUUACACUUAUGUAAUAAAUUGUAAGUAAUAAAUAACAGCUAUCGCCCGACCAAUAGCUCUUGCCUUUACGACAAAUGUACAUAAGUAGAGUAUAUAUAAUACUAAACGUAUACAAAGUUUAACAAAAUAAACAUAAAACUACAAAAGUGUUGAUUCCCAACAACUUUUGGAAAUAUAAGAAUACUAGCUUUCACCAGCGGCUUCGCCCGCUUUCCUGGAUGAUAUAAAGUCUUAUGUGUUAUUCGAGUUCAUAAUCUAUCGCUGUUCCAAAUUGCAUGUCGAUACUUUCAGCCGUUUUGAUGUAAAGGUGCAACAAACACACAAAUGAUGCAAACUUUUGCUUUUAUACUAGUUGGAUUUAACAUGUUAAUCGCCGCAAUUACUAUAGGAAAGCAAUAUUCUUUAUCUACUAACUACGCUCUCGUUUCAAACUAAUAGCAAACUCGUAUUAACAUGAACAACAAAAGUUAUCCAAUUUCAUGAUCAGAAUCAGCCCGUGCAACUUAGGUUUAUUUUGUUACACUUUGUAUAUCUCAUAUAAUUAUUAAAAUAUAGAUAUAACACCAGCGUGAGUGACUAGUUUAGGUGCUCAAAUAGUAGCCCAAUACCAAAUAGUUUGGGCUAAAUGACAUUUAAAUGUAACCGGCGUUCGGCCAUCUUUCAUAGACAAGAAUCAGCGACAAGCAUUUGUUUUCAUAGACAAAUUUUAGUAAGACUUUUUAAUUAACAGAGUGGUUUUAGUAAAAAAAUAUAAAAAAGUAAAAUGUAUUGAUUUUGAUUGGUUAAAUUUUCCUAGUUUUUCAAAAAGACAAUCUCAGUUUGUUUUUAAAGCUUAAAAGGUUAACAACAGUUAAAGAAAUACCAAAAUGUAUAUUUAUUAUGAUUUUCAUAUUGUGAUUAUUAUCGAUUCCAAAAAAAAUAUAUAAUUUGGUGCUGUUCCUAAUUUUAAUGUGUUGUCUCCCGUUAUUUUAUUAUUAUUUAAAAAUAAGUUUUAUUUUUACCUAGUCCAAGGUAGAUAUUAUGUUUUACGUUUUUAUUAUUAUUUAUUUCGCUACAUUAUUAUAAUAAACGGUUUUCGCUUUGUAUUUCCGCGAACGGGGUUGAAUUUCAUAUUUCUGAAUACGUUAGUUAUUUGUGAUAGUUUAAUGCUAAUUUCGCAUUAAUAAAGACGCUUUUAAAGUCCUACAAAAUGUCAAGUUUGUCAAACUAUUGUCCGAAUACUCAAACGCUACUCAAUUUUAAGACGCUCUCAAAUGUAGUUCUAUUACUAUCAAUUCUUUAUAAAAUGACAGAGAUAGCACGAUAUUUAAGUGCAACUUAAAAUUGAGUAGCCUUUCAGUAUUCGGGCGUAUGAGGACUUUAUGCGUUACCAACGCCAUCUACGGAUCGCAAAAAUGCAAGCGUCAAUAUUCUAAGUUCUAAUCUAUCCUCCAAAACUUUAGAUAAAUUAAUAUUAAGAUAAUACGGAUGAAAGACAUUUUUGUAUCUCGUGUAUAAAAAAUAUGUUUAUAAUAAUAAUUAAGUAGAUAAAUGAUGUCCAGUAUUAAAAGUAAGGAUUUGUUUUUAAUUAUAAAUAGGAAUGAAUUCAUCGUGUAAGUUUUCAGUGGUUGCAUUCCUUCUAUGUAGACGGUUUUUGAAAAAUUAAAGUUUGAUAUUAAUGUUUUGAAUUUAAAAUUAUAGAGUUUUCCGUUUAUGGAAUGCUAGUUAUUCAUUAAUCUGUCUUACAAUGCAAAGGGCAAAAAUUCUGAGUAAAUAAAUAACACUAUAAAGCUUUAAGUAGACAACAGCGCCCUCUGUAGACAAGAAAUAAUUAGCAUUUCAUAAAGUCUUAUUUAAAGAAACAUGUGGGUAAUUUUAUGAAAUAAUAAUAGAUGUGUGCAAAUCUAUCUAUUGUCUAAUCUCUAUUUGUAGUUUUUUGAAUUAGGUAACUAUAGGUAUCAAAUUCUGCUAAAUGUUUUUUUAGUUUGGUUUAUUUUCACGUAGUUUCACUAUUAGAGUAGGUAUUGGUUUGUGUGUCUCACUGCAUAUUAAAAUGUUACCUAUCUUUGAAUUAAAAUUACUUUGACUUAAAAAUCUCUAUAAAUUCUUGAGUUGAAAUCUGUCAAUGACAUUUUCAACCUUAAUUGUACUCCAGUAAAGUUCAAAAUUCAUUAAAGAAAGAUUAAACAGACUAAAAAGCUAAUAGUUCUAUUGGCAAAUUAUGGGCAAGGAACAAAUAUUUGUUUCAAAUCUAGGUGUGAUGUGUAUGUGAAAAUGUUUUAACAAAAAUAAUAGUUCCUGCAAAACGCACAAUGUUACUAGAUAGGUAAAUUAAUUCGCGUUGUUAUAGUAGUUUAAUGAAACUAUCCAAACAUGGUGCCAAAUAACAUAACUGUUUUAUUAAAAGCUACAUUUUAUGUACUUUGAUUGGCAUUCUCACUCACAUAGUUGUUAGCAGAAUUUGAACCUAAACUAAACUCUAGUGACAUUCAUUUAAAGUUCAUUAUUGAUUAUUUUAUACUCUACAUUCUGUUCUAAGUAUGCUUUAUGCUACAUUCCACGUUAUUCUAGUUUCGUUUUAACUUUUUAAAGCAAAAUUUGAUUUUGUAAACUUCCUGGCUAUUUCUUCUUUACAUAAAUUGGCUGCAAACAGGGUAGGCUUCAUGCCGCUUUUCAAUUAUGUAAAAUAACAAAAUUAUAAAGAAAAUUAAAUUCUAUAUAAAAAGUUAUUAAACCUCUUUAGUGAUACAUAUCACUGCCAUAGACAAGUUUGCGGUGUUGCAAAUGUAAAAAAAAAUGUGUUUUUUUCUAUCAGUUAUUACCAAACAGGAUUGUUUAAUGAGUUUAUUGUAUGUUUUGUCCUAAUAUUGUAUAUAAAGAGAAUGUAUUCGUAUAUAUCGUAGUUUGUACAGUCAUGUGGAGUGGUACAUUAGUACAAAAUAUUGCUUAUUUUUUUGUAAGUUUGAGGUUUCAUACUCACAAAGCAAUAAAUGAAUGUUCACGA